CGUUCUUUCCUAAGGCCUGUACGCUGUUGAUACAGACAAAACAGAAGUUAAAAAUUGAGAUUCCAUCCUUGGAAGAUGAUGUCAGGAGAUCAGCAUGCAGGCCGUUCCUCUGAAGAGAAAAGUAAUGGAGACCAAGAUGAUAUAGUCGAUGCAAAACCAGACAGAAGUAGCAGACUCUCACUUUUUGCCAAGAAAAAGAAGAAUGGAGAAGAAGAACAGCCAAAGCCCUCUCUCAGUAACCAGUACCGAAUUGUUACACCCACAUUCCAGUAUAAUAUGAACUACAAGAAAGUUGGCAAAUGUGUAAUUAUAAACAACAAAAAUUUUGAAGACAAAACAGGAAUGGGUACACGCAAUGGCACUGACAAAGAUGCUGGAGAUCUCUCUAAGAGUUUCAGAAGCUUAGGUUUUGAUGUUCACACAUACAAUGACCGAAGCUGUGAGGAUAUGAAAACACUACUGAAACAAGCUGCUGAAGAGAAUCACAGUGAUGCUGCUUGUUUUGCCUGUAUCCUUCUAAGCCAUGGGGAAGAAGGUCUCAUUUAUGGCACUGAUGGACCCAUGGCUAUCAAACACCUGACUGCACUCUUCAGAGGAGACAAAUGUAAAAGCCUGAUAGGCAAACCCAAAUUGUUUUUCAUUCAGGCAUGCCGAGGCUCUGAGUUUGAUGAAGGUAUACAAACUGACUCUGGACCUGCAAAUGACACUCUGGAAACAGAUGCCAAUCCUAGAUACAAAAUCCCAGUAGAAGCAGAUUUUCUGUUUGCAUAUUCCACUGUGCCAGGUUAUUAUUCUUGGAGGAAUCCUGGAAGAGGCUCUUGGUUUGUGCAGUCUCUGUGCUCUGUGCUAAAUGAACAUGGAAAGCAACUUGAGAUCAUGCAGAUCCUCACACGGGUCAACUAUGUGGUUGCCACGAAUUUUGAAUCACAGUCUGAUGAUCCACGCUUCAGUGAGAAGAAGCAGAUUCCUUGUGUAGUCUCUAUGCUUACUAAGGAACUUUACUUCUGAAAGCAUAUUUAAUACAGCCAGUAAUGUGAGAUCGGGAUAAAUUUGGGGGUGAAGAUUUGAUUAUAAAUUGCAGUAACACAAUUUUUAAUAACAGAACUGUAAUGACUCUAGAUUUACAUAUUGUAUAAGCUGGGGUACAUGACAAAUGGACAAUAGGCAAUAUUUUAAAGACCACCUACAUGCUGUGAAUCAAUCCUGUAGCUAAUUUCUGAUUUGUAUGAGAAUCGUAGACUCCAUGAUUCUAUUACAAAUAGUUUUGGUUUCUCUUAGUGUAGCUGUCUGAGAGUCAGUUACCUGACCCAUAAAGGUUUACUCCAAAAAACAGAUUGUAAAAUCUGUAAAAAAACAUAUAAAUGAAGCUCCAUCUUUUCUUUCACUGCAAUCUCAUGGAAUUGUAACUUCCUUGGAAAUUUCCAAAGACCAUCAUAUAAUAAAUAUGUCCAGAGGUGAAACUGACUUUGUAGCUAUUCAGGAGGGUGCUUCUUAGUCUAAUAAAUUUAUUUCCAUUUUAGAACACUCUUAAAGAAGAGUAAUGGAUGCACUGUGCUUAAUAUGGAUGUCAAUUUAGUUAUCAUUCUAGCAUAAGGUUAAUUUUAUUUGCAGAUAAUUCAGCUGAAUGGUAUGGAAAUGUAUCAAAUAGAAAGAUUUUCAUUUUGGUUUUUCUAAAAGUAGGCAAACUAAUUAGAUAAUAUCUUAAUAAAAUACCAUUGUGAAGAUUUUUGCAGAUGACAAUUAACUGAGAGAACAGCCUGACACAGUAGUCGUGCAGUUUCUCUGCUUGCAGAAAUAAGAACACCUGCAUGUUGAUUCAUAAGUUUUGAACCCAGAAAAAGUUGAUGUCUAGACUUUGUUAUAAAACAUUAAAAUUUAAUGUUGAAACAACAGAAUUAUGUAUUUCAGUAAGAAACGCACGUUUAGAUUUAACUUCUAUCUGUGAGGAAUUUCACCAAGACCAGAAAUACUUGAAUCAGAAACCAGAAGUGCCUUUUUAGUUAAUAUAUUGUCUUGAUUUUGUACUUUGGAGUUAUGUCAAUGAUGCUUAUAUUUCUAAUUUUUAUAUUCUUUUUAAAUAUGAUAGCUCAAAAAAGUAAUUUUAAUGGUUUGAUUAGACUGAUAAAUGAUAGGUUAUUCACCCUUUUCCUAGUUAUGGACUCUUACUUUUUUUAAAUCUAAGAAAACAGGUGCAUGCCGAGUUACCUCUUUAUUGAGUAUAUUUUCUUACAGGAAAUGUAGCAUAGCGAGGCAUAUCUUUUUCAUAAGUCAAAUUUACAAUUGUUUGAAUUAAAUAAAUUAUUGUUUUGUGAAAGUCUUGAGCAUAAUAUCAAUAAAGACCUGUUUUUUUAAUUUCCUAUGAA